AUGAAACUGUUGUUAGUACUCUGUUUGUUAUUUGUUCGUCAAGCAAAUAGUGAAAAUGUUCAUGACGAACAAGAGUUUGAAUGGCAUAAUACAAUGUCGACAAUGGAACAAGAUUUUGAAUUAACAACUCCUUUUUAUUAUAAUUUAACUUCAACUGAUGAUAUGAUGGUUAAUGCUACUCCCGAAAUCGAUUUAUCACCACCAGUUAAGCGUGUUUUACGUGAAAUAUUUCGUAGCUAUGAACCCUAUUGCUGGCGUCGUUCCUAUGGUCGCGGUAUUGGCCGUCCUCUACAUGCUUGUCCUGAUCAUGCACCCGAACAAGAUGGCCUUCUUUGCUACCCAUUAUGUCGUGAUGGUUACAAUGGCGUCGGUCCGCUCUGUUGGGAGAAAUGCAAUAAUUUAACUUCGUUUGGUUUUGCUUGUAUGGAUGUUCGUAAAUCUUUACGCUCAUGUCCAUGGUAUGACAAGUGUGGUAUAUUUACACGUGCCUGUUCGUCUUGUCCAGGAAAUUAUACAAAUUUCGGUUGUUUAUGUGGGCAAUUCUAUUUUCGUGAUAGUUAUUCACGAGGCAUUGGUACACCACUGGUGUGUUCCACUUCUUACGAACAAGAUGGUGCUCUAUGCUAUGAUAAAUGUAAUGAUAAAUACAAUGGUGUUGGUCCUGUUUGUUGGCAAUAUUGCCCAAUAACUCAGCCGGUUCCUUGUUUAGCUGGUUGUUCAACAACAAAACAAGAUUGUCAACAAACUAUUAUUAAUAUGAUUCAAUCGGUAGUGGGUGCAUCUAUCACUAUUUUAAAUGCUCUUAUUGGUGUGCCAUUAGUUGAUUUAACCACAUUCGAUAUUCUUGCAAAUGCUGCUAAAGGCGAUUGGGUAUUAGUUGCAAGGGACAUGUCAAAUCUGGCGAAGAAAUUAACCGAUAAACUGCUACCAGAGUUAGCAAAAAAAUUUCUCGAUUGGUCAUUCAAAACACUGGAAUCGGCAACACGAAAUGCAAGUGUUGCUAUAACAGCUACCGCUUUCAAAGACAAACGAUUAUUAUUACCAUUUUUACAACGUUUUCGAUUGGACGCAAUUAAUUCAGCUUUCAAUCAUGGUAAAUGUGAUUUACCUGAUGAUUUCUUUGAUUAG